CAUUGACAAAACUGGAAGAUCUAGAUAAUCUGAUUCUGUCAGAGAGGCUGAUUCGUUAAAAUUCAUGAUUUUUCGACCAGUUAGUGUGCAGAUUGCAUUUCGCUACUGCAGACCGGCGACGACGACGCACUUGGGCACCAUGGGCAUGAACUUCUGGCACUCGACGCACUAGUGCGUAGAACUCAUGUAUACAUGCACGACACUGACUAGUCGAAGCGCUGAAAUAUGUCAAUGUGUUCUGCCUAUGGCGAUGCAGUUUGUACUGGAUGAAGGACGUGACCAAGGCCGACCUGCGCAAGAGGAACCCGCAGGACCGCAGGCACCUGGCGGACGACGAAAUCGACAGCAUCCACCUCGCCAACAUUUCGCGUGAGUAGUACACAACUUGACUUUUUGCUUGGGUUUCUAAAAGGGUGGAAGACGAUGCUGAUGAUUUGGUGGUUUCUGGUGUUUGCGGAAGUACUCGAGGAGAUUGGGCCCCGCUUGCGAGUUCGCCAGAUCAUUAUUUAUACGGCCAUCAUCUUCUACCGUCGCUUUUACCAGACGCAGAGUUUCGUGAACUUUGACCCCCAUUUGGUCGUCGGAACGGUGUUCUUCCUGGCCUCCAAGGUGGAGGAGAGUCAGCUAUCGUUGACAACGGUCGCUUCUGUUCUUCAUCAUUAUACCACGACUGGCGUCGAUGAGGACGAGUCAAUGUACACCUUCCAGGAUAAGGAUAUCCUCGAAUGCGAGUUUUACGUGAUCGAGGCGCUGCAGUUCGACUUGAUCUUGCACCACCCGUUCCCGUCACUCCUCCAGUUUCUGGACGAGUUUGAAAUUCAUGAGGAGUGUCUUCAGCUCGCUUGGCAACUCGUUCAAUAUUCUUAUCGCACGGACAUCAUCCUCUUGUACCCACCGUUCAUGGUGGCGUAUGCGGCGGCGUACAUCUCGUGCCGGGAUGCGGGCUAUGAUGCCGCGCAGGUGUUUGCCUCCGUGAACAUAAAGAAGGACUUGCUACUGAAGAUAGUUGGCGAGUUUCAGGAGGCUGUAGAGGAUGAAAAGAGGCUGUACGCAGUACAGGCGACGGCUUUGGAAAAGUUGGAGGAGAUUAUCCCCGAUGCAUCUGCUGCUGAGGCGGAGGCUGCUCCCAGUGCGCCAGCGGAGAAGUGAGCUGUAAGUUGAUAGCAAAUGUGAACCGUGACCAUUUCAGUGCCAUGAUUUGGUGAUGGUAAAUUGCUUCAGUUCCCUGUCAGCAUACCGGUAGCCGUUGCUCUGACUGAUAAUCCUACAGGAGCACUGGGUUCUUGUGGACGGAGAGGUACAAAUUUACACUGAUACAUGAACGCACCGAGCCUAUUGGAAAUUCAUCUACUGUAGCUUUCCGUCUACAUGUCCUUGGGUAAGGCUGAAUGUAUUCGCGUAGCUUAUUACUCCGACACUAGUCUCUAUAUUGCUAAUCUGUCACUUAUUGCUGAUUUACUUUUCUGCCAAGCAUUAUCUCUCAACUGUAGGUUUCCGGACGAAUUUGAGGCAGCCAACUUAGAUAGGUUGGCAAUGCCGGCUCGCCUUUUGGUAAUCCAUGCGCUCUGACCGCUUUCGGGAGCAUGACAGGGGCUUCGGUGGGAGGAGAUUAAUUAAUCACCUAUGCUGACAACGUCGGCCGAAGUAGAUGUAGACGCUGGCGGAGGUAGACGCAGUGCGGUAACGACUGUAAAAUGAACCGGAGUGAAGCAAGAAUAGUGUGUGAAACAGCUAGUUCAUCGUGCUGCCCAGUUUUAGCAGUUCAGAUGAAUGGCAAGCUCCGUGAGACCGGACAACGGCGUCGGUUCUCUGCCUAAGUUAGCUUUGUGAAGCCAACGCAUUCUCGCUGGAAUGAAGAGAUCCCGUGGCAACAGCGCUGCCGACAUGGCAACAACGGCAAUGCUAUUGCUGAAUCCAGUU